AUGCUUCCCACCAAGAAGCAGGCUAUCGCCGGCGUUGCCGUGCUGACGACCGGUGCACUUGCCCAAGUCGCCGGCGAAGACUGGGCUCACAUUCCCCUGGGCUGCAUCUCUGCCGACGUCUCCGGCUUGCCUCCUCCAGUGACCUUUCUCAACAACAACGAAGUCGUCUGCUCGACCUACUGUUACGAGAACAACUUUGGAACUGCUGCUUCCCAGGGAACCCAAUGCUACUGUGGCCCCGCCGACUUGGACGGCGAGUUCCGCGACAACCAGGACGAGUGUGACAUUGUCUGCCCUGGAGCUCAGCCGGACUUGCCAGAUGAGGCGUGCGGCGGAACCCAAGCCAGCCCUUCUGUCUACAACUUCUACGCCAUCUUCAACCUCAACAACCCGUUCCCCCCGGAGCCUCCGGUGACCGAGAGCAGCGCCGCCGCCGAGGCCACUCCUUCUGCGCCGACCACAGCCACAGAGUCUGAAAUCAUGCCAACUCCCCCUGUUGUGACCUCUCCGGGUGUCGGCCCUGACACAGUUACGACCACAGCUCCCAGCACGGUCUCGACUGCUUCCACGAGCAUGUCGAUGAGCAUGUCGGACGACGAGGGCGUGCUCCCCGGCGGCGGCACCGAGGCGAGCACCGCGACGACCAGCACGCUGACCAGCACGACCUCUGCCGCCGGCGACGACGCCGCGGCCGUCGUCACCGAGACCUCCACGUCGAGCUGGACGACCACGACCUGCACCAACGGCCUCUGCGGCGGCUACGCGUCCCCCACCGGCGGCCUGGGCGUCCUCCCCGCGGGCUGGAAGAUCUUCAUCGAGAUCACCAUCGUGCCGCUGGUGGAGCCGUGCGCCGACGGCCGCAUGACGACAACCAUGGCGCCGUCGUCGUCAACGCGCUACUACGACCCGGCCAUGAGCACCACCACCAUCACCAUCGAGGACAGCGUCACCCGCACCAUCCUCGUGCCCGUCACCCGCGUCGCCGUCGUCACCGCGUCGCCGUGGGCCAACGGCGGCAGGACAAACGGCACCCAGGACAUGCCCGUCCAGGCCAACGGCGCCGCGGGGUCUUUGGCUUCUGGGGAUGCGAUGCUGAGGGAGUUGGUUUCGGUGGGCUUUGUUGUUGUUGGCGCUGCUAUGUUGUGGUAA